AAACCCAUAUAACCAUGAUGAACACCAUCUCCGGGAAUUCAAUAUGGCAGGCGCCAGAUUUAGCCACCAUGGACGAGCACCAAAUGUGGAGGAAUGCUGCGGGAAGGCUUUCGUCUGACAUCAACCAAGUAAGAGUUUCUGAGAGAAACAAUUAUGAGUAUAUCGGAAACGACUAUGAUCAUCAUCAAUUUCGUUACAAAAAACUUUGUUUCAAUGAAGUUCCAUUGAGGAAUUUAUCAAUGAAGCUGCAACACCAGAGUGCUGAUCAUAAAUGGUACAAGACUCUUCCUCCGGGAGAAAUGUUGCCAAGGAAUGAGGCUCUUGGAGGCUACAUUUUUGUUUGCAACAACGAAACAAUGCAAGAAGAUCUUCGCCGCCAACUCUUUGGGCUUCCACAAAAAUAUAAGGAUUCUGUAAGGGCAAUAACUCCUGGAUUGCCUCUUUUUCUUUAUAACUAUACUGCCCACCAGCUUUAUGGAGUUUUUCAGGCUGUAAGUUUUGGAGGGUCAAACAUUGACCCAACCGCAUGGGAAGAUAAGAAGUGCAGAGGAGAAUCAAGAUUUCCAGCCCAGGUUAGAAUUAGAAUGAAGAAGAAAUGCAAGCCACUGGAAGAAGAUGCUUUUAGGCCCAUUUUAUAUCACUAUGACGGCCUAAAAUUUCGCUUGCAGCUUUCUGUUCCAGAGGCACUUGCACUGUUGGACUUGUUCAAAGAGGAGGAAAUGUAAAGGGUGAAAAGACGACUAUAUCCUUGACUUAACAUUAGUUUUAAAAUAAAAAUUCAUGUAGAAAACCUCUAUAAAAUAUUAUUGUUUGGAAAUUGUAAUACACAAGUUAGAAGU